CAUUAUAUGCGCGGCACAGAUGCGCAAUGUGAUGUCAACAACGUGUGUAUAAAAUGUAGAUUGUGCCUUUUACGUUGCACAUAUUAGUGGAAAUGUGCAUAUUUUAUUAUUAUUUCUCUAUUGAUGGCGUGAUUCUGUAAUUUUCCAUUUAUUAUCAAGUAAGGAUUAUCAUUAUAUUGUAACAGAAACUAUUGAUUUCGAAGUUGUGACAAAACUAAAAUAACAUGGCUGGUCAACAACACCCAUUUCCUUCUGGGUUCCCUAGUGUACAACAAUCUGCAAUGAGAACGCAGUUUGGCGGAGGACAAAUGGUAUCUGGCUUAAUGGGGCCACAACAAGGUAGUAUGGUGAAUCCACAACAAUUUGGAGUUGGUGUAGGAGUUGGAGUUGGUGUGGGUGGAGUAGGCUCCAAUACUAUGGGUAUGCCUAGUGCUCAACAAGUAUUGGCACAGCAGCAACAACAACAACAGUCUGCAAUGCAACAACAAGUACAACAAAUGCAACAGGCACAAUUACAAUUACAACAACAACAACAAGCUGCAUUGGUACAACAGACUAAUCAAGGAAGCAACCAAGCUACAACACCACAAACACCUGUACCUCCUACACAACCACCACCACCUCAACAACAACAACAACAACACAAUAAGGAAUUUAACACUGCCAGUUUAUGUAGAUUUGGUCAAGAAACUGUACAAGAUAUUGUUAGUCGUACCUUGGAAGUCUUCCAAACAUUGAGAGUUCUUCAGUUACCAAAUGGUAUGGCACAAGGAGCUAAUUUAGCUAAUGAAAAAAAGAAUAAAGUACAGGAGCAACUAAGGACUCUUAAGUUAUUAUUUAGACGUUUGAGAGUAAUUUAUGAAAAAUGUAAUGAAAACUGUCAACUUCAAGGUAUGGAAUAUACACAUAUAGAAAGUUUAAUUCCUUUAAAAGAAGAAUGGGAUAUGAAAUCCGAUGAAAGAAAAACUUCUGAAGCUUAUAGACUUGCAUGUGAAGAAAGCAAAGAAAUCAUGGAGCAAGUGGUAUUAAAAAACAGGCAUCUUAAAGAAAUCAUUGAUCAUCUAAGACGUAUUAUUUCAGAAAUAAAUACAAUGUUAAAUAUGCGUCGAUCUUGAACUAUAAAAUGUAAAUAAAUAUUUAUAUAAGUUAUUAAACAGCAGCGUUGAAAAAUAAAAAUAUUCUUUCCUAUGUAAUAUAAGAAAAUUAGU